AUGUCUACCUUCGUUGACGAACCAAUUGUAUCAUCGCCAAUUAACGCAAAGUCAUUCAAAAUUCCUAUCAUACCAUCACAAAAAGGGUUUGAAAUUACAAAAAGAUCCUGUAUUAAUGUUUUAAAAUUAUUUCAGGAUGCAAAUUGUCAUAGAGAUCUUUUCGAAGAGGGCAUAAGUGUUAUAAUGAUCGGAAAAGAUGUGCUUAAUGAAAUUCAACAAACCAUCAAUCAAUUUCCUAAUUCCGAUUUUAAAGUUCAUGUUGAAGAAUCUCCGGCUUUUCUAAAUUAUGAUGGUUGUUUAUCGAAAAUUAUAACUUUUGUCGAUCAAAUGGAGUCGUCUAAUAUUUUUGAGGUUCGACAAGAAAUUUCAAAGCUAAUUAGUGAAUUAGAAACUUUUACAAAUGAAUUACGUGAAUCAAUUGAAGAUUGGAAAUCCAAAUAUACAGGAUGGAAUGGAAAGAUUAGAAACAAAAUAAAAGUACUUGCUAAAGUUGUGACAUUAAAGAAAUCACUUUCAACCUCUGAAAAGGAAAUGAAAGAUUGUGAAAUCCCAUCAUAUCAUGUUGAUCCUGUAAAUCCACCCGUUGUUUUGGGAAAUAAAAAUCAUGUUAAAAAGGGAACGUAUGCUUAUCAUCAUUCCGUUGCUGAAAAGUUGGUUGGAAAAUUUGAAAGAGAUGAUCCAAAACUUCUUGAAUUGAAAAAAGAAAUAAGUUUCAUGAAGGAGAUGAGCAAAUGCGAAAAUAUUCUUAAAGUUUAUGGAAUGAUACAUCGAAUGACAGGAUAUAGCGUAAUUUCACGAUGGGAAGAUUACAAACUUCAAGACUACCUGUCUGAACAUAAAAAUUUGGAAUGGGUAAAUAAGUUGACGAUUGCAAAAGGAAUCGCCAACGCGCUGAAUUAUAUUCAUAAAAAAAAAAUCUUGCAUUAUGAUAUAAAAAGAUUCGAAUCUGACUCUCCGAUCGCGCUCAAAUCAAUAAAUGAACAACGAGACCCCAGAUGGACCCCUCCAGAGCUUUUUCAACAGCGUUCCUACACGCGACAUAGCGAAAUUUAUAGCUUUGCCAUCGUAUUAUGGGAAAUAGCGAGCCAGAGAACUCCAUUUGAAGAGAAAAUUCUAGAUGAUAUCAAAUCAUUAGUUCGCGAUGGAGCACACCCUCAACCAGAUUCGACCAGAGGUACACCAGUCGCGUAUCAAAAAAUAAUGGAGAAAGGGUGGGACCUAGAUCCUAAACAACGUCCAACCAUUGAAGAAAUGCUUAAGACGUUAAACGAAUUGGAAUCCGAGGAAUUUCUUGGUCAUAAAAUUCCUAGAAUAGGUGAUGAAGAAAACGUCAGCAGCGGCAGCAGCAAUGAUAAUAAAAGUGAUGAUGUCACGUCAGUCCAUACAGAUCAUUCAAUAGAAUAUAUCUCCUCGGCCGGUUUAACUUCUAGCGCUCAAUUGAGCAAGCGCAAAGGAUUAGAAAAAUUCAAUCCUUUCCUUGUAGAUUUAGAUUUUGACAAAGCAAUUAAAUUACAUCAAGAAAAACAAUACAAAAAGGCAUGGAAGGUAUUUAAAGAAAUUGAGAAGAGAACCGAGACUUCAGAAAUAAAGUUUUGGGCUGGUUAUUAUUAUCUAAGAGGUUUUUAUAAAGGCAAUAAUCGGAAACCAAAUGCAAAAGCAAGUAUAAAAUAUUUAUCUCAAGCAGCAAAUGAUGGUCAGCUUGAUUCUCAAUAUUGGUACGCAUAUACGAUCUUAAAUUAUAGGAUGUCAGCUGAAGAACAUAGUAGGGAGCAUUAUAAAGUUGCAAUUGAAUAUUUACGUAAGGCUGCAAACCAAAAUUAUCCUUCCGCGUUGAAAGAUUUAGGAAUGAUUAUAAAGUAUGGAAGAUAUGGUUGCGCUCAUGAUGUUGAUAAAGGAAAAGAUAUGAUUCGAAAGGCUCAUACUAUGAGCGUAAAUUAUUCUAGAGAUGGGUUAUCAUUUGAAAUCAACGAUUCAUCUCGUCAACGUACAGCCAUAUAA